AUGCGGAUUGGUAGGCAGUGGGCGGAGCUCCAGGGCGCGCGGGACUGGGACGGCCUGCUUAACCCGCUCGACGGCGCGCUCCGCGGCGAGCUCGUCCGGUACGGCGAGUUCGUCCGCGCCGCGUACGCCAGCUUCAACUUCGACGGCGGCGCACCGUCGUACGGGUCCUGCCGGUUCCCGAGCAACUCCCUGCUCCGCCGCUCCGGUCUCCCCGAGACCGGGUACCGGGUCGCCCGGCUCCUCCAUGCCGCGUCGACGUCGGCGCCGUGCUGGCUGUCGUGCCGCUCGAGUUACAUUGGCUACGUCGCGGUGUGCGACGAAGAGGAGGAGAUCGAGCGGCUCGGUCGCCGCGACGUCGUCAUUGCGUUCCGCGGCACGGCGACAUGCAGCGAGUGGGUGGACAACUUCAAGUCCACUCUCACCCGCCUGCCGCUGACCACCUCGCCGCGAUCAGCCGACGGCGAGGCGGCGCCGAUGGUUGAGAGUGGAUUCUGGAGGCUCUUCACCACCCCGGGCAAAGCGCACAGCAGCCUGCAGCACCAGGUGCGCGGCGAGGUGCAGCGAAUCAUCAGCGAGUACGGCGGUAAGGGCAUGCCGCCGUUGAGCAUCACGGUCACCGGACACAGCCUCGGCGCCGCGCUCGCGGUGCUCACCGCCUACGAGAUCACGACGACUUCCGCCAUGCAAGGCCACGGCGGCGCGGCGCCGAUGGUGACGGCCGUGUCGUUCGGCGGGCCGCGCGUGGGCAACGCGGCGUUCCGGCGAAGGCUGGAGGAGAGCGGCGGCAAGGUGCUCCGCGUCGUGAACUCGGACGACAUCGUGACCAGGGUGCCGGGGUUCCCCGACGCCGACGAUUGCGGCGGCGCUCGGGACGACGCGCCGGCGAAGAGGAAGCCGAGGUUUCCGAGGUGGCUUGUGUCGAAGAUGGGUUGGGAGUACAGCGACGUCGGCCGCGAGCUGCGCCUUUGCGGCCAGGACACGUGGAGCAACGUGGUUGCAUCGCAUGACCUUGAUCUGUACCUCAAGCUCGUGGCAGCCUGCACAUAUUAG